CCUUUUGCUUCCUUCUUACACGCAGCAAGAAUUCGCUCCGGGAGUAACACUGCAGUCGGUGGCACUGAAUGGGCCGUGCGCCUCCCAUCCUCCGGCUUUCCUGGGAGUGUAAAUCGGGAGCAGGAAUUUUUGAGAAUGUUCAUAUUUGCUGGAUGCCAGGAUGGCAGCACUGAACCUGGAGAACCAGCUGCACAGCGCCCAAAAGAAUCUGCUUUUUCUCCAGAGGCAGCACGCAGAUACCCUCAAGGGGCUGCACGCCGAGAUCCGCCGCCUGCAGCAACACUGCACAGAUCUGACCUACGAGUUGACUCUCAAAAGUUCAGACUUGACAGAAAAUGGGAUUUCGAGGAGCGAAGAGCUCAGAAGGAAAUGCGAAGAGCUGGAGGCCCAGCUUAAAGCGAAGGAGAUGGAAAACAAUGAAUUAUUAAAAGAGCUCGAGCAAAAGAACGCCAUGAUCGCGGUGCUCGAGAACACGAUCAAGGAGCGGGAGAAGAAAUACUUGGAAGAAUUAAAGAUGAAAAGCCAUAAAUUAAACAUGCUCUCCAGCGAACUGGAGCAGCGGGCCAGCACCAUCGCCUACCUAACCUCCCAGCUCCACGCCACGAAGAAAAAACUCAUGAGCUCCAGCGGGACGUCGGACAGCUCUCCGUCCGGAAGCCCCGUGCUCUCCGGCUACAAACCUGCUCCUCCCAAAGAGAAGCUUCCAGAAACUCCGCGGCGCAGGAUGAAGAAGAGCCUGUCCACGCCGCUCAACCCCGAAUUCGAGGAGGCCUACCGAUUAGGCUCGGAGAGCCGCAAGCUGCUGCUGCGGGAGCCGGUCGACGCCAUGCCUGACCCCACGCCCUUUUUAUUGGCCAGAGAAUCCACGGAGCUGCACCUUCUGAAAGAGAGGCCUUUAGUCAUCCCCCCCAUCCCGUCCGAGCGUGCUUCGGCCGAGCCCCACAGCCCGGCCCGGGAGAGGCAGCACAAGAGCCACGUGGGGGUGGCGCACCGCAUCCAUCACGUCCCACCUCCCCAGCCCCACCAGCCACCCGAGGUGGAGACGCUGGCCGUGGACCAGGUGAACGGAAGCAAAGUGGUUCGGAAGCAUUCGGGGACAGAUCGGACUGUUUGAACCGGGCGCUUGGGAGGGGACUCUCAGCGGUCAGCAGACGGUCAGGCUGCACCUCCCUCCCCUCUUCCAAGCGCCCCCCCCUUGUGCAUGCCAAAAUCUUUCCAGAACUAGAGUUAACUUCUUCCUCACCUGUUCCUAUUGCAGAGUUAUCUACCUAAUGAAAUGCUGUAGCCAAACUCAGGUGCGUCUGCCUGAAUUGCUUGCUUCCGAUGCUCCUUCAUUUAUUUGGGGCGCGCCGACGGGCCCAGGCCCGGGGCUUCCAGAGCCUUGCCGCGCUGUGUAUCGGCUCUUAACAGUAAAGCCUUCCCUGUCUGUCUGUCACUUCACACAGUCGUGAUAAAUUCUUAUUGUCUAGGGUGGGGUGGGCCCCCACACGGGCGCAGGGGGUAAGAAGGAAGAGGAGCCAAAGGAGAGAGACCCCCCCCCCAUACACAUGUUGCCUUUCCAGCAUGAGGUCUUGAUCACAGAGUUCUUUUUUUCUGUUCAGGUUUUUAUUUAGUCAUCUACUAAAAUCCCAACAAACUCUAUUUUGCUAAUCCA